AUGGUGCGAUACGAGGCGCACAACGCGGAUUCGGCGCACAAGUUUCAGUUGAAAGAGACGAAGUUUAGCGAUCUCACGGAGGAAGAAUUCGCCGCGAGGGUGUUGACGUAUAAACCGAGGCGACAGUUUGGUGAAACGAUGCUGGGGAACUCGGAAGAUGAGGUUAGCUCGACGUCCGCGCGCGUGGGCUACGAGGCGGCGGCGUUGAAGUCGCCCGCGGAGAUCGCUGUGGCACGGAAGCAUUCGCAGCGCGCGCGCGACCGCACUCAAAGGCGCGAGCGAAACCGGCUGCGUGGACAUGUCGAAGACCACGGAGAAGUCGACGAUAGUGGACCGUUGGGUGAUGCGGACCCAUCGAUUCCGGCCGCCUUUUCGUGGCGCACGCCGCCAGAUGGAUACGGAAACGUCGUCGGUGUGGUGCACGAUCAAGAGGACUUGUGCGCGUCGUGCUGGGCGUUUGUCACCGCGGAUUCCAUCGCGAGCCGAAUCGCAAUCAUAAACAAGGGCGACGACGCCCCGGCGUUAAGCGUGAAGCAGCUCAUGGCAUGCGAUGCUGUUGAUCACGGGUGUUCGACCGGGAACAUGUACACCGCGUACGAAUGGAUCGGGCAAUACGGCGGUAUCAGCUCCAAGGCGGAUUACAACGCGAAAGUACCAGGUGACCGAGACGACGCUCCGGAUGCCAAGUGCGACGCGUCCGUCAAAAAAGUUUACGAUACGCCGGCUAUGUGUGAUUUAGCGCAAGUUGCCGGCGAAGAACCGCUUUAUCGUGCGAUCUUCGAGCGAGGUCCCGUCGCCGUUGGCAUCAACGCAAACAAACUGCAGGCAUACGGCAGCGGCGUCAUCAUGUUGGAUGACUGUAAGCCACUUGGUCGUGGUAUUGAGUCCAUCAAUCACGCCGCACUUGUCGUUGGGUGGGGCACGACGGACGACGGGGUCAAAUACUGGGAAAUUAAAAACUCUUACGGCCCAGAGUGGGGCGACGAAGGAUUCUUCAGGCUCGAGCGCGGUCGCAUCGGCGAACACAAGUUCGGCACUUGCGGUCUUCUCUUUGAAUCCGUCUACCCGGUCGUCACGAAGGCUGGCGAUGCGACGUCGACUGACGCUCCGUGUGUGAAGGGAUCAGUCCAAAAGCAAACGUACUAUAGAAACGAGACGCUCAAUCCGGGCUUGGGCGACGAUGACGUUGAGGACGAGGCGCGCAUCGGCGUCGCGCAGCGCCGCGCGCACCGAGCCCACGGUCACGCACACCGCGCGCGAAAAGCUCGCCUAGGCGACGCCGCUUCGUCGCACCUGACGACGCACACCGAAAACGUCGUCGCCGCGGCCGCCGCUCUGGCCUCGAUCGCCGUCCUCGUCGCCGCGGUCGCUCAUCGCCGCCGAGCGCGCCGGGACGCCGUCCCCGAAUCCGCCGCGCUCCUCGCCGCCGAGCCUUGA